AUGUUGGCCGUUUGUAAAAGGAAUAUUACUUAUCUACUCAAAUUUACAAAAAGGAACAAUUCUCACAAAUCAUGGUCCGUAACUGAAUAUGGUGGAUUUGAAUCAUUAAAAUUGCGUGAAACAGAAAUUCCUCCGAUCACACGAAUGGACGACGUAAUUGUAAGAAUAAAAGCUGCCAGUGUGAACCCCAUCGACCUAAUGAUGAUUGGUUUAAAUUCCAAACUCAACAAAAUAGAGGGAUAUGGAAGAUCAGUUCUGCCCAAAAUUAGUCGACUCAAAUCAAUUGGUCGAAUAUUUCCGGAAAAAGAAUUUCCUUUUGUCCCUGGAAGAGACUUUAGUGGAGUAGUGAUAGACACUGGCCAGGGCUGUAAUAAAUUUUCAGUUGGAGAUGACGUGUGGGGAUCUUUAGGAAUAUUCCAACGCCAGGGAACUCACAGCACAAUAGUAAGAGUUAGCGAAGAUAAAGUUCUCAUAAGAUCUGAUUUGAUAGCUUUCUUCCCAACCAGUUUGCUUGAGUCACGUCGAGGCAGCAGCACUUCCAUUUGUGGCCAAUACGCUCCUAGCCAGCUUAAAUCAGACUUGCUUGGCCAUAUUUUACUCAGCAGAAAUGCUCGACUUGUCUCUACUACUUCUCGUAUUUUUGACCAGAUCGACGCGGGUGAUAUUUCUGGCACCUUUGGAGUGCUUUAUGACAUGUUGGGGAGAUUUUCUGAUAGAAAGAAAUAUGUCUAUGGAUUUUAUAGGCCAGAUGUAAAGGUCCUCGAUUUUGUUGGUCGGAUGGUGAAGCAAAUGAUUGAUUCUGUCUUUGGAAUGAGGGACCUCCCAAAAGCUUACCAUCACCUACGAAAUGGGGGAGUAAAAGGCAAAGUUGUUGUUGAUAUGACUUGA